AUGGCCUUCUCCCACCAGCUUGAGGAUACAAACUUCGCGAUGCUCCCAGCGUGGUCUGACUGUUCAUGGGGAUUCCGGACCACGCCACCAGCCUUGAUGCCUGAGGAGGACCCGGGCACACCGCGCAUCAGCCGCCGGCGUAGCUGGGGAGUGUUGGACGUGGACGAGGCAGGAUUUGGGGACUUUCGGCAAGCGACUGGCGAACAGACCAUGAACAUCUGGCAGGCCUCCCCGACGAAGGUCCAGCGCCUUGAGAGCUCGAGCGCGGCCGUAGCUGCGGCCGACUUCGAGGUGCAUGAGUUCAUCCUGCAGACUCCCGAGCCGAAGGGCAAGGCGGUCGGUGCGACACCACCGCCUGCGCCCUGUGCGGCUCAGAAGGUGCGGCAGCUACAGUGCGAGGUGCAGGCCGGCCUGAGGAAGAAGUCCGUCCCUUUGGUGCAAUUGGCCCUCUCGCAACGGUCGAUGCUUGGUUGCCCUUUUCGCUGCGACCACUCCUUGCACGAGGCCGUUCACGGCCAGUAUGUGGAUGCUCUUGAGUUUCUUUUGGCUGCUGGCAUCAAGGAGAACCUGAAUUCUACUUGCUGUGGCCUCACUCCCCUCGCCCGCGCUGUGCGCUCCAUCACCCGGAAGGACGAUGGCCCGUACAUGAUGGCGUCGACAUUGCUUCGCUACAAAGCCCGUCCAGAUGUGGUGGCCCGAUGUGGCUCCACCCCGCUUCACGAUGCCGUUGAGCGAGUUGCGCCGGCGGCCGUGAAUUUGUUGCUGGCACAUCGGGCAGAUCCGAAUGCCGCAACCCGCUCGGGCAAGACGGCGUUGCACCUCGCUUGCUCAAGGACGAUCUUGGCAUCGGAGCAGGAUGCCAGGACAUUGGUCGAGACCUUGCUGCACGCUGGGGCAGAUCCCACGCGCCGGGAUGAGAAAGGUUUUCGCCCAUCCGAUCACUUGGCAGGCCCCUGCUUCGGCUGUCGGCCCCCUGGGCUUCAGGUGUUGCUGAUCCGCGAAGAGCGUUGGUGGACACGCAGAGCCGUUAUCCUGCUACGGGAGAAGGGCUCUGACCCCAUCUUCAGCAAGCUUCCUGAGAUGCUGUUCCAGGCUGUGGUGCGAUAUCUUUGA